UGGAAAUGAUAAGCUGUUAAGAAUUGCGAUUGAUUGACAAUUUAUUCAAUUUGUCUAAUAGCUUUUCAAUAGAAUCAUCAAUCAAAACAAUCAAAUCGUCUAAAAAAGACUGUCAUCCAAGCGAAAUUAAGCAUUUCCAUGCUCAUUCAACAAUUCAACAGCAACAACAAUUAACAAGCCAGAUAAAAUCUCUUUAUUAAUCAAUCUCGAUUCUUUAAACUACUGCGCAAUUUACUUACGAAAAGUGGCCUUAAAGUCUAAUCGCCGGAAGGAAACAAUACCAAUCAACAGGUAAAUCUAAUUCCAUCUGAUUAACUCUAUUUUCCGAUUACAGGUCAAGUCUUUAAAAAACAGAUCAUUUAAUUAGAACAACAAAACAUGAGCCAUCGAUAAAUUAGCUUAAUUAGUAAUCAUUGAAACUUCAGUUUUCUUAGCUGAUUACCAAUUGAUUGUCAAUAACAGACGAAGAUAUUGAUUGUUAACCUUACAACUUCGUAGAAUAUAAAUUUAAAUAUGUUAAUGGUUAGAAUUGAUUGUCAGCGAAUAAAUAGAGAUGGCGACUUUGUACAUUCGUUGGUAACGAAAUCGACGCAUGUAUUUUAAAUUCGAACCCGGCACUGUACGGAAUUAGUACAUUUUUCUACUUUUGAACAUUGUUUCGAUGAAGGAGAAAUAAACUUAUUCAAUGAUAAGAAUCUUUAUCAUCCUCAUCACUUUAGCUCCCUCAAUUAUUUUCUACUCUCUCAUUUCCUUUCUAAACCAUCAGUCUAAUUAUUGGUUACCUUCAAUGGACUUAGACAGUGUAGGUGUAGUUAAUCAGUUAAUUGUCAAUAUAAUUAACGAAAAAGCAACAACAACAAUCAACAAUCAACAAAGGUAAAUCAAGAAAAGUAAUCAAUUGAUUAUUUUCUUGCCUCGAAAAAAAAACAAUCAAAAAGAAAACGAGUCAAAACAAAAAUUCAAUCCAAUUGGACAAGACAAAAGUGAUAACCUAACAGUGAAUUAAUCCUCAAUUGAGAUUAAUUACAAUCGAGUUAACAGAUCAAUUAAUAUAUAAAUCUUUAGGUAUUUAUAAUCAUCUGAUCGUUCUUAAUUCGUUGUAAGAGAUAAACAAUUGAAACGGAAUCACCAUGAAAUCUGAUAUCGAUUUAGAAGAUCUAAAAGAAAGAUACAUUCGUCGAUUACAACAUUCGUUACUACGAUCGUUUCUCUUCAUCGUUAUCAUUUAUGGGAUAAUCUAUUUUCUUAAUACACUUAUCCUUUCAAAACAAGAUCUCUUUGAUCAUUACAUUAAAUCAAUUACAGUUCUAUUUUCAUUGGCUUCCCUUUUCAUCAUAUACUUGAUAAUAUUUCCUCAAGAAAUUCAAUCUCGAAUUGCUCAAUAUGUGGUCACCUUUGCUUCCUGGAUAUUUGCGACACUAAUCAUCACGGAUACUCUUGAUUAUGGUUAUAAUCGCGAUCUAACCUCAACAUUGGCCGCUUUCUUUGCGAUCUUCAGUUCUCAGACCAUGUUACCAUUUUCUCAGAAAAGUUCAAUUUUCUGUGGUAUCCUUGUGAUUCUGUGUCAAACACUAUUGGAUAUCUUUGUUUUCAUUGAAGAUUUCAAAUGGAGAAAGAUGCUUUCUGAUGGUUUAUUGUUACUCGUUGGUUUACUUGGUGGUAUUUAUCAUAAUCGAUUAACUCAAUAUAUUUAUAAACGCACCUUUGCAGGGGCAAGUGGGGUUAUCGAUGCUCGGAUCAAAUUGGAAUAUGAAAAGGAGCAACAAGAGCAACUACUUCUCAGUGUGAUUCCUGCUUAUAUCGCUGCUGAAGUUAAACGGAGGAUCAUGUUAAAAAUGACCAGUUCAUGUACAUCUAAUGAAGUCUAUCGGCCUCCAGCCAAGCAAAGGUUUCAUGAACUUUAUGUUCAACGACACAACAAUGUCAGUUUGCUCUAUGCGGAUAUCGUUAAUUUCACUCCACUGUCGGAACAAUUAAAUGCCACAGAACUUGUUAGAACGUUGAAUGAUCUAUUUGGACGUUUCGAUCAGAUUGCACAGGAAUGUCAAUGUAUGAGAAUUAAAAUUCUUGGUGAUUGUUAUUAUUGUGUCUCUGGUCUUCCGGUUUCACGUCCAAGUCAUGCAAUCAAUUGUACCCAAAUGGGACUCGAAAUGAUUGAAGCAAUAAAAUCUGUUCGUGAAGUGACCAAGGUAAUGGUUGAUAUGAGAAUAGGAAUUCACUCAGGUAACGUUUUAUGUGGUGUUAUUGGUCUAAUCAAAUGGCAAUAUGAUGUAUGGUCAGAUGAUGUGACCCUGGCGAUGCACAUGGAGUCUGGAGGUGUCCCAGGACGAGUUCAUGUUACCAAGGCAACUUUACAGUUACUCGAAGGUCGAUACAAAACGGAACCCGGAAAUGGUCAUCUUCGAAGUACUUAUUUGGCUCAGCAUCAGAUUGAAACUUUUCUAAUUGUUCCUGAAAAGGAUUCUCAUGAUUCAAAUAGUCUUUCAGAGCAUUACCAUGAUGGUCAAUGUUUGAAAAGGAAUCCAAUGAAUUCAAGUUUUGUAAAACGCAAAGGUAAAUACAUGGAAUGCUGGGGAAGUGACAAACCCUUUUCAAAUACUUCAGAGACAAUAUUAGCAAAGAAUAUAAGAUUAACGAGUGUCGCUUUGAUUGAAACUAAUCUACUUCCUAAUUCACAUUUAUGCUGUGAUACCGAUACCCAUGAGAUGAAUUCAAUUCUGUUAAUAUUUCGCAAGCGAACAUUGGAACGAGAAUAUAUUAUUCAUGAUGAUAGUCUAUUCUGUUAUCAUGUUAUCUGUUCGUCCAUUUCAUUUGCCUUUCUCAUCGCUGUUCAAUUGCUUCUCCUUCCAGAUACCUGGAUUUCAUUUACAUUACUUGGAUCAACAAGCACCGUACUAAUGACGAUUGUUGCUUACAGUGUUUGGUCACACAUUCAUGGCGAAUACAGUUCAAUUCAACCCUCCCCUGUUUCUCAUCAUUCAUCAUCAGCAUCUUCCUCAUCAGCUGAAGAUUCAUCAUCUCCCGUUGAAUCGUUUAUCGGUGUCCUUAAUUCACCUCGUUGUAUCAAGGUGACUCUCUCUGUGAUUGGAAUUAUUUUUGUCGCAACUUGUAAUAUACUCUCAGUAACCUUUCUUACUUGUCCAUCUUCCGGUUCAUUAUCUUCUCCACUACAAUCACCAAUACAAUCAUCUUCCUGGACCAAUCAAUCAAACGAAAUUACCUCAAUUCAUAUCGAUUCUGAUGAUUAUAUUGAAUCGCUAUCAGAAUGUCAGAUUAUGAGGAAACACUAUUAUCAAAUAUCACCUUUUCUCACUCUCUUGACAAUUUCUAUUUUAAUUCAUUUUAAUUUCCUCCUUAAGCUGUUGAUUAUGCUUCUUUAUCUUGCCGGUUUCAUCACUUCUCUUGUCCUAACGGAAACGGAAAGUGUAACUCUUGACGCCAAAUUAUCAAGUGAAGUUCAUUUUGUUGCUCUACUUUUUGUUAUAUCUUUACUUUUGGACGUUCUUGAUCGUCAAGUUGAAUAUACAUCACGAAGUGAUUUCCUUUGGAGAGCAAAAUUAAAAGUUGAACAAGAGGAGAUAGAAACCAUGGGAGGAAUUAACAAAUUACUUCUUGAGAAUAUACUUCCGGCUCAUGUAGCUCAUCAUUUUCUCAACUAUUCAAUAGCUUCCAAUGGUUCAUCAAUUAAAGAGCUUUAUGCAGAAAAAUAUGACUCGGUGACAGUUAUGUUUGCCUCCAUUCCUAAUUAUAUGGAGUUUUAUGAUGAAAAUGAUAUAAAUAAACAGGGAUUAGAGUGUCUUAGGCUUCUCAAUGAGAUAAUCUGUGAUUUUGAUAAAAUGCUGUUGAAACCUAAAUACAGUUGCAUCGAGAAGAUUAAAACAAUUGGAUCAACAUACAUGGCAGCUUCUGGUCUUCAACCUGGACAAGAGCAUUCAAAGGGUCCAGCUAAUCGCGAAGCUCACAAUGUAACCAUAAUGGUUGAAUUUUCGAUAACUCUUAUGGCAAUUUUAGAACAGAUUAACAAGGAAUCAUUUCAACGAUUCAAGUUAAGAGUUGGAAUAAACCAUGGGCCGGUUAUCGCUGGUGUUGUUGGCGCUCAAAAGCCUCAGUACGAUAUUUGGGGUAAUACAGUUAAUGUUGCUUCUAGAAUGGAUUCUUGUGGUGUAAUUGGUAAAAUUCAGGUAACUGGUGAGACCGCUCGAGUCCUUCAGGAAAGUGGCUACGAUGUUGAAUGUCGUGGACAAAUAAAAGUAAAAGGAAAAGGAAACCUAACCACGUAUUUUGUUAAGAUAACCAAUCAACAUAAUAGAUUGAAUAAUUGAAUAAAGAAAAUCUUGAAAUCGAACCGAGUGGAAUGUUAAGCAAUAGAUGUCACUCUAUCCUGUUAUUUCAAUCAGAUUUAUGAUUCACUAUUAGAUCAGCUGAACUCGAGUAACAGGAGAUGGAGCCAUCAGCAAAUUAAGGACAAAAUAAAAUUCAACGAUCGGAAUAUUCAUAUUGUUGGUUCCAUUGUAACCUGAAAAUCUGUAAAAUACUAACAGCUAAUAAUAUUGAUUAAUAUUGAUUUCGAUGUAAAUUUUAUCGAGUUUUCGCUUUCUAUAAGCCGUAAUUUGAAAUUCUAACUAUGCUUCUUCAUUGAGAUGCUGAUCAUGGUUAUGAAACAUCACCAGGGUCACAUUGAGAAAAGACAUAUAAAGUUUGCCGACUUUCUUUCAAAAAUUGAACAAUUUUUUCUCUCAUUGCAAAAAAAAAUCAUUUCUUCUACCAGGAAGAGUUUCUCCUUGAAGCAAGAGCUUUUGUUAUAAUCACAAGAAUAAAGUUCAUUCCAUUGUGUUGUAUGU